AGCCAAUGAUAAUUGGCACAUUUGUCAAUGGUAUUUAGUCUUUCAAUUCUAUGCUCAUAAUUCUCAACCAUUAGGGAAAUUGUUAGCCAAUAAUUUUUGGUCAUUCACUUAUAGCAUUGAAAAUGUCUCUUUACAAAACCAUAGAUCACAAAUGUCAAAAUUUUAUGUUUUGAAAUAAAAUUUUGUAUAGCACUUUUGUAAACAAUCCUUGUAUUCCUACAAACUGCAAAGUCAUGUAACCUAAUAAAUGUAAAAGUUGUAAGACAUACAUAAACUCAAAAUGUACUAUUUGAUUCUUGGUGAAGAAUUGUGUGAUUAGAGGAACUCACUUAGUUGAUUCAUAAAGCUAGGUAUAUCAUGAUGAUUCACUUUGUAAAUAAUUACAGUUAUUAAUUAAUUCGAUGAUUGAUUGUUGCGGGGGAUAGUCCUAUGAUUUUGAGAUAUUUCAGUAUUUUGUCUCUUUAAUUCGAAAAAUACAUAAACAUUGUUGUAGUCUAGUUGGUUAGGUAUAUUGACUAUGAAUUUGAAGGACUUGAGUUCAAGUCUUGGUAAUGACAUUUUUUUCUUUUUUUCGUACCUGAUGAAUUUGAUUGAAUCAAAACCUUUUCUCAAUCAUACCACUAAUUCUUGAUCGAGAGUUCUUGGUAUGGAAGGGGAAAGUCGAGUGCGAGGAGAGACAUGCUACUAAAGGAAGAAACGAUGGUACUAUCAGCGUCAAGCGGCAAAACAGACAAAACAUAUUUUAACUGAAGUCGAUGGUGAAGCUAUUCUAACUGAAGUCGACUUUGCAACACAGGCCAAGGAGGGAUUUCCAAUUGCAGAUUGAUAUUACAAUCAGAUGGUCUGGGGCGGCAAUCCUCCUCGGAUUGAAAGGGAAGCAGGCGAUACAAACCCUAAUCGCAUAGACCCGGGCCAAUUCCAACCCCAAAUCCUACCUGUUCAUGAGAAUGGGGAACCCUAAACCCGACCAGAAGAAAUAUACACAGGGGUACAGAUGAACUCGAAGAACCAUCGUAAAACUGUUGAAUGGUAAUUAGCAAUCAAUCUACAUCUAAACACUUCACAUGGUAGGCCAAAAUUCAAUUAAUAAAAGUGGAGCCUCAAAGUGGGAUGAUGAGAAGGCAAAACCACCAAUAAUAGUUGUGCAUUAUCAAGUCUCCAUUGGAUAGCCACUUGAUGAAGAUUGAAGACAUGUAUUAAAUUGCAUGGACCAAUCAAUGGUCAUCUCAAUGGACGAUUCAUGCUUAUGGAGUAAUGUGUGUAAGAAGAUGAGGGUCCAUGCAUGUGAUGAGUUAAUAGUUUGUCUUUCAUUUCCAUUAUGUAUUCAUUAUAUAAGUGUAUGUAUGGGAAGAAUGAAAUUGUCAGUGAGAGAGCUUGAAAGAAAAAACAAAAGAAAGGAAAGAAGCACAAAGUUGUGCCGUGUAAUAACAAGUGCCAAGUUAAGGCAUUGUUUGGUUAGUGUAUUUUCAUACAUUGAGUGUUUUCUAAAAUGAGUGAUUAAACACCAAAUGUUUCCUUUGUCUUGUCCUAAUUUCUACCAUUACUUCCGCUAAUACCCAACAAAUUUGGUAUCAGAGCUAAUACCCUUUUAUCCUCUCAAAAAUCCCCAAAUUUCUUGCCUACACAAUUUUCUCAAAAAGCCAUGGCAACAACUUCAUCAAACACCAUGUUUGCUACCUCCUCUAAUCAAAUUCCCAUUUUCGAUGGAGAAUUGUACGAGUACUGGAGUGCUCAAAUGGAGCCUAUUUUCAUCUCUCAAGAUCUGUGGGAUAUCGUCCAAGAAGGCUACGAAUAUCCACAAGACGAGGAUGAAGACUCGAAGAAACGAGCAGGCAAGCAGACAAAGGAGUACAAGGAGAAUGCCAAGCAAAAUGCCAGCGCAUUAAGAAUUAUUCAGCGAGCAGUGAGUAAAUCAAUUUACCCGAGAAUCUAUGGCAUUAAAAAGGCCAAAGAAGCUUGGGAUGUCUUGCGUAAACAAUUUCAAGGUUCUGAAAAGUCAAUCUCCAUCCGACGACAAAGUUUAUGGCGCCAGUUCGACAACUUGAUGAUGAAGGAAAUCGACACCAUCAAAGACUUCCAUUCGCGUGUGGCGGAGACAGUCAACUAGAUCAAAGCCACCGGUGACGUCAUGGAAGAAAGAAAAAUUGUGGAGAGAAUUCUCCGCAGUUUGUCAUCAAAGUUCGAGCAUAUUGUUGCUGUCAUUGAAGAAACCAAAGAUUUGGCAAAUCUACCAAUGAGCGAGUUGAUGGGCUCACUUGUAGCACACGAGCAAAGAAUGAGCCGCUUCACCAAACCGCCAUUGGAGCAAGAUUUCUCGUCAAAAGUCAACAUGACGGAAAGUAAAUAUGCCAAAUCGGAGCAAGGCCAGAGAGGGGGAAACUCACAAGGAAGAGGAAGAUCCAAUUACAGAGGAAACAACAGACAAAAUUAUCAACAACAAAGAUCGGGCUACACCGGCUCGAGUUGCAUAAUUUGCAAAAAGGCGGGUCAUGCAACAAAAUACUGCAGAUUCAAGUGCACCAAGUGCAGAAUUCAAAACCACUCCCAGAGAGAUUGUUGGUUCCAGAACAAGCAAGAAGAAGGCGAGUCAAGCGGCACCAAAAAUGAAGAAAGCAAUAUGGUGGCCUUAUCAUGCUUGAAUGGUGAGCAAAAAUCACAGCUUCCCUGGAUGGUGGAUAGUGGUUGUAGUAACCACAUGACUGGAGAUCUGGAGUCCUUCGCCGACAUCGAUGACAAAUACCGCUCUCAAGUCAAAUUGGGAGACGGGAAGAAGCUAAAAGUGGAAGGAAAAUGCACAGUUGUUGUAUGCACAUAAGAAGGUAACAAAAGUCUCAUUCGAGA